AUGCUGCUGCUGCUGCUGCUUCUGCUGCUGCUGCUUCCUGCAACUCUACGUCUUCUCUCGUGUCAGUUGGCUGCGCGGGAAGGGCUGCAGCAGCAGCAACAGCAGCAGCAACAUCCUGCUGCUGCUGCUGCUGCUGCUGCAGCUGGAGUUGUGGGGUCGAGGGGAGCGGGAGACGUCCCGGGAGACGAUCCCCAGGAGGGGCUUUAUGCUGCUGCCCCCGUGUCUCCUCUGCUGCAGCAGCAGCAGCAACUGCUGCUGCUGCUGCUGCUGGGACGAUCCCCAGGGGGGGGUUUAUGCUGCUGCCCCCGUGUCUCCUCUGCUGCAGCAGCAGCAGCAACUGCUGCUGCUGCUGCUGCUGCUGCUGCUAAAAGCAAGCAGCAGCAGCAGCGAAGCAGCGGGGAGCGGAUCCGCAGCAUCGUGACAGACAAGGGGGAGAAGCCCCCUCUGAAAGAUAAAAGGGAAAGGAGACAGUUUGCUGCUGCCGAUAGAAAUGAAGCAGAGCCCCACGCAGCAUCAGCAGCAGCAACAGCAGCAGCAGCAGCAGCAGCAGGAGAAAAAACUAUAACAAUAGCUGCAACAAGCCGCCCUCAAACGGAGACACCUGCGGAGACACCUGGGGAGACACCUGGGGAGACACCUGAGGAGGAGACAGCUGAGGAGACAGCUGAGGAGACACCUGCGGAGACAUCUGAGGAGACACCUGAGGAGACAGCUGAGGAGACAGCUGAGGAGACAGCUGAGGAGACAGCUGAGGAGAUAGCUGGGGAGACAGCUGAGGAGACACCUGCGGAGACAGCUGAGGAGACACCUGCGGAGACACCUGAAGAGACACCUGGGGAGACACCUGAGGAGACACCUGAGGAGACACCUGCGGAGACACCUGCGGAGACACCUGAGGAGACAGCUGAGGAGACACCUGAGGAGACACUUCGUCUCCGCUCUUUGUCUCCUUGUAGCUCUGAAAGACAAAAGGGAAAGGAGACACAGCAUCUCCAGCAGCAGUUGCAGCAGCAACAGCAGCAGCAGCAUCUACACCAGCAGUUGCAGCAGCAGCAGCAGCAGCAGCAUCAAGCUGUAGUGCUGCUGCUGCGUGCCAUUCUAGGGUGGCUAAGCCUCGCCUUUCACAGCCUACAUGCUGAUCGGACCCAGGUCAGCGGGCGGCUGCAGUGCGUGCUGCACUACGCGCUGCAGCAGCGGCUGCUGAGCUCCGCGUUGGGUGUCUGCAACAGGGGCAGUUUCUACAGCAGCAGCAGCAGCAAAAGCAGCAGCAGCAGCAGCAGCAGCAGCAGCAACAGCAGCAGCAGCAGCGAGUUUGUUUUGUGGCGAGCUGUAGCGACAGCUCUUGAUCACCGCCCCCAGAAGGCGCUGCUGCUGCUGCGCAGCCUGGAGAAGCAGCAGCAGCAGCAGCAGCAGCAGCAGCAGCAGCAGCAACAGCAGCAGCAGCUGCUGCUGCUGCCAACAAAGGGAACCGAAAGAAGAGAGACAGCAGCAAACUUCUGUCUGCAGCAAGUGAAGAGUGCUAUCAUAAAAUUACAAGAAACAGAAAACAAAGACAAGCCAAACCCUCUGUUGCUCCGAGGGGCCUCCCUGGAGACGAGUACUACUACUGCUGCUGCUGCUGCUGCUGCUGCUGCUUCUCCUUCUGCUGCUGCUUCUGCUGCUGCUGCUGCAGCUGCAGCAGCAGCAGCAGCAGCAAAGAGAUCCCCCUGGCUUUGUGUUUUGUUUAGAGGUGUCUCGCGCGAUUUGCUGCUGCUGGAGCUGCGUGUACAACAGCAGCAGCAGCAGCAGCAGCAGCAACAGCAGCAGCAGCAGCAGCAGCAGCAGCAGCAGCAGCGGGGGGGAUGUGCUGGAGGAGACCCUGUCUCUGCUGCGACCGAGGCGGAGAGCGAGUUCACAGCAGCAGCAGCAGCAGCAGAAGCUGCUGCUGCUGCUGCUGCACCGCAGCAGCAGCAAGCAGCUCUCGAAGCAACCGCUUUUACUCGUCUCCUCCAGGGCAACACAGCCGGAGCAGCGCAGCAGCUGAAGCAGGCUGAAGACCUGAACGCAGCAGCAAACCGACCCAGUGCGCUUCUCGCGCUGCUGCAGUGGGAGCUCAGGGCCCCCUACAGCAGCAUAGCAUCAGAGAGCAGCAGCAGCAGCAGCAGCAGGAACAGCAGCAGCAGCAACAGCAAUGGCAGCGGCGCCACUAGCAGCAGCACGAGCAACGGCACCGGCACCAACAGCAGCAGCAGCAGCAGCAGCAGCAGCAGCAGCAAGAGCAGCAGCGGCCUCGUCAAGCUUGCUGCUGCAGUGCGUGCUGCAGCAGCAGAAUGGAGAGUGCUGCUGCAGCAUGCAUGCGGCUUCGAGCUGUAUGGGGCUUUGCGGGCCCCGCUGUGGGUGAUGGUGUGCUCCAGGCUGCUGCAUGCAGUUUGUCUUGCUGCUGCAUGCAGCACAACCAGCCCCACCGAGGUUUUAGGGUUUUGGGGGGCGACAGAGCCGAUUGCUGCAGUAGCAGCAGCAGCAGAGCAGCAGCUGCUGCGGCAGCUGCUGCAGCAGGUUAUAGAGAUCUCGCUGACGCUGCUGCAGCAUAUACCUGCACACUAUGACUUGCAGCAGAGCAGCUCAGGGGGGCCGCUGCAGCGGGAGGGGGCGGAGUAG